AGUUUUGUUAUGUUGACCUCGUUUGUGAUGUAGGUCAAGCGAGACUUAAUUACACGAUGUGAGGAUGUGGUAUCCAAGGCAAUCUCGAUAAGACUGUAGUAGUUUUGUUAUGUUGACCUCGGAUUUAAUUACACGUGCACAUGAUGAUAAAACCUUCCGUUCCGAAGAUAGUGCAACGGAAUAAAAGUUCAUGUGGAAUGCGAUCUCACAAGUGCGACGAAAUAAAACUUCAUAUGGGAUGUGAUCUCACAAUACCCUCCUCCUUGAAAAGUGCAGAAAAUGGUAUGCAUCGGAGCCUGAGUUGUGUCAGCCUGCAACAAAACGGUCAGGCCAAUGUACCUGUCUUCCAGAUCGCGUGGUGCGUGCUUGAUUUCGUCCCGGAAUUUUGGGUGAUCGUGUAUUGUCGAUCGUCGGCGUCUUGGCCUUGGCAGUGCAUAUUGGAUCUUUGUCCGUGUGGUAUGUCUCCACUGAAUCCGUAUACGCCGGUUUCAAACGAUCUAUGCUGAUAGUAUCAGGUUUGCCACGCCAUAGAAUGGUGAAGUAUUUCUCUUGGCGUGAAAGUACCGGAAAUGGGCCCUCAUAAAGAGGUUGUAAAGGUUCUUUUACCCGGUCAGCGCGAAU